UAAUCGCGAGGGGGGCGAGGGUGGAUUGGUGAUACAGUACCUCAGUCCUGAGGGACCUGCUGAACAGGAUGGUAGACUGAAACCCAAUGACAUCAUUACGGCAAUUAACGGGGUCUCCCUCGCCAACACCAGUCAUAACGAGGCAGUCCGUCUCCUGCAGGCCGUCAGAGGAAUCGUCCAACUCAGCUGUCUGCGAGAACCAGACCCCCCUCUCCCUCCCUCCCCCACAUACAACCUCCCCCGUCUCCCCCCUUCCACUCCUCACACCCUCCCCCUUCCACCUCUCCACUGGAACGCUCCCCACCCUCCCCACUCUCACACCCUCACAAUGCAGCUGUAUCGUCUCCCCACCCCCAACCCUUCCCUCCAUUAUCUCCACCCUCCCUCGUUCCACAUCCUGCCACAGCUCAAACCACACCCCUUGUGCCACACCCACCCAUCAGCCCCACGUCUGAUUCCGGUACCAAUUCUGAAGUUUCUGACAUGACAUUCGGCACAACCAGUGGCCAGCCUAUAAGACAGAAAAUCAGGACACUCCACCUGCCCCCCUCUGAAGAGGGGGUCGGAAUUUCCUUGGCCCCCCACCCCCAGGGUGGAGCCGUUGUGACUGCCUUACUAGACAGAGGAGCUGCCAAGAAGGACGGCCGUCUGUCGCGAGGAGACAGACUUCUGCAGGUCAACGAGGAGAGCGUCAUUCACAUGAGGAGCGAGGAAGUCGCCGCCAGACUCCGUUCCCUUGACGACGCCCGCGAGGCGAUCCGAUUGGUCGUCGCCCACGGCGAGAGGGAGGGAGCCGUGCAGGACGUCGUUCCUGAAGUCAUGGAUUCGUCAGGAGACGAACUAGAUGAAUUUGAGGUCGAGCUGUACAAAGAGGGGCGUGGUCUCGGAAUCACCAUAGCUGGUCUCGUCUCCGAGGAUACCGGAGACGAACUGAAGGGGCUCUACAUAACGUCUAUCAAUGCACAAGGAGCGGUUGGGAAGGACGGGAGGGCAAAGGUCAACGAUCGCAUCCUGCGAGUGGACGGGCACAGUCUGAGAGGUCUGGAGAACAUGGAAGCAGCUGCCGUCCUGAGGAACAGCGGGAAGACUAUUAGACUGGUUUUCGGUCGACCCAAGACACAGGAGAGAGUGGACGAGAGGGAGAUGGAAGAGGAGGAGGCAGGGAAGACAGAUGACGUCAACAGUGAACAGGCCCAUCUCCAUGACAACGGUAUCCUGGAGACAGGUGACGGAGACCUUGGUAACGGGAUUGGGGAGGCCCCUGAGAGGGAGGACUCGUUAGCGGCGACCAACGAAGAGGACGUGGAACUGAUCAGGAAAUGGAAAAACGUGAUGGGUCCCAACUAUGACAUCAAGAUUGCUAGAGUGGUAAAGGCAGGGAACCAGGGGGGCCUGGGUAUAUGUAUGGAGAGCACAGCUCACCUCGACGAGACGGGAAAACCACAGGAGGGGAGCACGCGACACAUUAUCACUCUAGUGAAAGCAGGGCCAGUGAAGGAACAAGGAGACCUGAUGGGAGGAGACGAAAUUCUGCAGGUGAACAGUACGGAGGUCCUUGGUCUGGAACACGACCAGGCCAUCGAGGUUGUCAAGGAAACGCCUGUCAACGUCAUGAUAAUAGUUGCCAGGAGGAUCUUGCCGGCAAGCACAGAGGAAGCUGCCGAAUCAGACGGCGAGAAGCAAAACAAUGACGAGGGCUCCACCCGAGAGGAUAUCCUGGCCCCGCCUGCCGACGAGGGGGGCGUGUCUCCCAGUAACAGUGGAGGAGGGGGAGGGGGAGGAGGCGGGUUUGGGGGAAAGGACAUCUCUCGGCGAUUUGAGAGACAGUCGUGGAGGGAGAGACAUGCGGAGGAGAGACGGAGACUUAAGCACAGAUUUGAGCAAAGGAGAGAGGAAUACGAGAGACAUAUACGAGAACUGGAAGACGAGCUGGGACAGAGGGAGAGAGAGCAGAAGAUGCUGAUGGCCGCCGAGGCGGAGCAGGAGGGGCGGGGUAAGGAGGGCGGGACCAGAGAGAGGCGGAGGUCCACCCUACUCCAUCCGUCGUCCUCGCCGACGAAAUUCGAUUACUCCGCCUACCACGACCCCGUGACCUUUACGUAUCACGAUUUCACGGAGAGAGAGGUGAGAAGUCCAGGUUCCGAUUCCAGUCUGAGUGUCCUGUCCCCAGUACCUGGUACCGGGUUUUGGGAACAGGACAUCGCCACAAUCCAGCUACACAAAGGAGACGAGGGUCUCGGGUUCAGCAUAUUGGAUUUCGCUGACCCCCACAACGAGGGGGAGAGGAUAAUUCUGGUACAGAGUCUGGUUGAGGGGGGCGUGGCAGAGCAAGACGGCAGGCUCCGUGUCGGAGACAGACUUAUCUCUGUGAAUGACGUCGCUGUAGCCAGCACAUCUCUCCAGUUUGCGGUUGAGCAGCUGGUGAAGAUUCCGCAUGGCAGUACGGUGGAGCUGGGUAUCCACCAUCCCGUGCUGGCCGAGUCGGACUUCAGUGACUCCUCCAGUCUUUCCCCACUCCCACCCUCCCCCUCCUCCCCCCCUCCCCCCCUCCCCACCUCACCCUCUUCUUCUAAUCCUCUUCACCGCGAGAAUGUCACUUCCAACCAAUUCUUCCCUUCACAGGGUUCGUACGGAGGCAGUAAGCGAAAGUCGUCGAGUCUGUCGGGAGCAGAGGAGGAAGAGGAGAGUGAGGUGGCGGAGGAGGGGAGUGAGGUGGACUCUGAUGAGGAGGGAGGAGAGAGAGAGGAGGGAGAAAGGGGCAAUGAGAGAGAAGGAGAAGGAAAAUAAACUUGCAGCCCCCCAGGAAAAGAAACCCAAGGGAACCAGUGAAAUUAUCCCAGCAGACGAACCCCUGUAUCCGUCAGUCGCCAAACCAGAGGACGCUGGUGGAGGAGAGAGAGAGGGGGCAGAUCGCAGAGGAAGCCUAUCUCCACUGGAGCUGUCUCGGAUCUCCUCUCCGUCCCGCGGUAUGUCGCUGGCAGAGAUGACACGCGUGACCCCUGAAGACCAGGAGAGGUGGAGACAGUCGCGGGAGAGUCUGGAGAACGAGAGAUCCCGAGAAUCACUCACCGAGAUCGCCGGGCGGGGGGCCCUCCCUCUGCGGGACCGCUUCGGCGGGUCCCUCGAGAUCCGGUCCACGUACUACCACACCCGGGAGGGGUCUCGGGCGGGGGACUCCCCCCCACCCGAGCAGGAGACCAAGGGAGAGGGCGACGGGGAGAUACAAGGCGACCAACUCUCAAUCGAAACUUUGCCACUGCAGAAGCCGCGAAGAGGUUCUGAAAGCGGACCCCACGACAUGUCUCAGUUGGAGUCCAGUUCCGAUACCACUCUGGUCGGGUCCCAAUCCCAGUCUGACACGGGAAUGGGACCUGUGCCAGACGAGGUAGGGGCGCACUCUUCACGUCUCCAGCCAGUCACCAACAAGAAGGCUCGCCGAUCGCCGCGGGGGAAGAAGUCUCCGAAGCACGGCCGGAAGAAGGGGAAGAAUGGAACCGACACUAAGACGUCUCCUGCUACUCUGGCUGUGGCCUACACACACUCCCAGGUCACCAAUACCAGUUCUCAGGACAGUAUUCAGGACGGCCUGUCUCCCGAUAUGAGUGACUAUGACCACAGCAGUGAACUGGACAAUGACCCGAGAGAGAUACACAUCCCCAAGACCAGCUCUAGCUUAGGUCUAUCACUGACCCAGGACACCAAGUCGAACAGCGUCCUUGUCAAAUCGGUCAAGGGAGCCAUCAGAAAGGACGGCAGGAUUCGAGUCGGGGACCAGAUCUUGGCCAUCAACAGAGAGUGGCUUGAAAACGUCAGUCUUGCCAAGGCCUCUAAGAUGCUCAAGAAAGCCGCCUCCAAGAGUGAGGGGGUCACAAUUUCAUACCUCCCUGCCCCCCACGGAUUCUCCUCAAAUUCGUACGGCACAAAAUCGACCCCCCCACAGCAGCAAGCCACACAUUUCGCUCCGGGAGGGCCGCCCCCUCUACAGCAGAAUUUGGCAGGGGGUCCCUCAUUACAGGGGGCGCCCCCCGAUCAGGAUUCAUUUGGUCAGCAGUCGCAAAUGGCCCCCUCGCACCACCCGAGCAUCAUGCCCCCCCAGAUGGCUCCGCCAGCAAUGCCGCAGUGGACCUCCUACCAGCUUGGAUCGGGGCCCGCCAUUUCCCCCAUGCAACCUCCCCCCUAUAAUUAUCCACCAACGAGACAGCCAUUUGGGCAACCUCCAUUGCAACCAGUGGUGUGGCAGGUACCGCCUUCGCUACCCCUGGGGCAGCCGGCACCACAACAGGUCACCUGGAUACUGCGCGAACCACCACAGUACGUCGAUCACGUCGUCCAGCAACACCACAUGAUGUCGGCUGCCGGCCCCGCCCACUACCCUCUCUCCCACACAGGCCAUGUUUCCAUGACAACGCUACCCCCGCCCACCCAGGCGGGUCCUCUGCCGUCUCUUCCCUCCCAGCCUCCGCCCGUCACCGCCCAGCUGGCGUCGCCCAAAUCAACCUUGGCUACUCUCACUCAGCCACAAACAACGACCUCUUCUCCAUCUUCAACUGUCCCUUUUCGAAUGACGAAGACUCAGAGUGAGACGAAACUGGGAACAAGUGGCACGCAAAAACCGGAAUCGGAUCGGAGACAUAAUUCCCAAGGUUCUCCACGCCAUCCACCACACCCCUACACUGUCUAUCGCCGACGGCAACAACAGCAGGCACAAGCUGCGGCUGUAGCGGCAGCGAGAGCAGCUCGAGAACCGACCCUCGUUGAGGAACCGUCACCCAGGAGCUUCCCCUCGGGUCCCCGUAACCAUGACUACUCCCGCAGACUACAAACCAUGUCACAUUACUUCACCGACGUGGGGGGAGGAGGUGGUGGGCAGAACCAACAACAACAACAACAACAACAGCAACUGAGAAACUCAGUCGAUCGAGAAGUAGAAGACAAUCCCGAGCUCCGAAAAGAGUUUCCGAACGUCGAGGGGACGUUGUUUGAAGUGUGGCUGAAUAAAGGGAGCAGGGGGCUCGGAAUGAGCAUCGUCGCGAACCGAGACGACCACGCCCCGGGUCCGCGCGGGAUCGUGAUAAUGGGAAUCCAGGCGGGGGGCGUGGCGGAUCGCUCCAAGAUGGUCAUGUGGGGCGACAUGAUUCUGAAUAUCAACGAGACGUGUGUGAUUGGUAUGACUCAAAAGGAGGUGCAGGAGAUGCUGGUGAAGGCACCUCCUCGGGUGAGGUUUGUGAUGCUCCGACAGGCCGAGGCCAGAGUCCUGGAGAGAAACAUCCAGCAACCAGGUGGUGGGGGAGGUGUUGAUCGUGACCUCAUCAACGGUCUUCCCCAGGUUCGGGUGGUCCAGCUGCAUCGAGACAACGAGAAGGGGCUGGGAUUCACGGUCACUGAGGCAGGGGCAAGGGGGUGUGGUCAACGUGGCUUUAAUCACACCUGGCGGCCCGGCAGAGAAGGAGGGUACUCUGCAACCCGGAGACCAGCUCAUUUCCAUCGACGGACAGAAGAUCCUCGGGUACUCUGCGGAAAAGGCUCGUCAUCUCCUCCAGCAGGCGAGAGCUCGCGGCUGGGUUCAGCUGAUUGUGACCUCGCGUGGGGGGUCGGGGGGCACGGGGGGCGAGGGCACCGGGGUAGAUUUGAAGAGCAACAUCCCGGAGAGCGUGGUACUGCGGCAGAAAAAGAGGAGCAAAGAGAACUCUCUGAAGUCCUCCAGAAGACGCCCAGUGAGUGUUGAUUCCGAGGCUAGCAUCGUCCGGGCAACGAGCACUUCGCGCACCCGAGACCUCCGUACAGGGGGUGGGGCUGAGGCGGAGGAACGAGGGGAGCGUCGUCCGGUCACCACCGGUGCCGUGGGGGAGAGUGGGGAUCCAGCGGGAGUAUGGGGAGAUGGGGGAGAAGUGGGGACCCAGAUCGGAGGGGGAGGGGGAAAUCGACACUCACACACACUCACUGAGAAAGAGGUUGGACUUGGGUUUCAAGAGACACAGCAGCACAAUGUUAUUGUACCUGGUCGGGAGAAAACCAUCACCAUCUUCAAAGGAUCUCAGGUUCUGGGGCUGACCGUCAUUGGAGGGGUGGACACCUAUCUCCACAACAUCAUCAUUGAGAGGGUCAUCCCAGAUUCCCCCGCUGCCACAGACGGACGGCUCCGGCCCGGAGACAGACUUCUCGAGAUAAAUGGCCAGUCAGUGCGAGAAGCAACGUGUGAAGACGUGCUUGCAGCCCUCCAACACCCGUCUCCCUUCAUCCAUCUCACUGUACUCCGCAUACACAGUCAGGAACCUCAGCCCAAAGAAGCUACAGUGUCACCGACGCCGAAUGUGGAGACGGUGGAACUGGUCAAACCGGUUCGCGGCGGGAUGGGCCUGCUCAUCAUGGAAUCCCCCAAUCAGUCGGGCGUCUACGUGCAGGAUGUGGUGGAGAGCCAGGCGGCGUAUCUGGACGGCAGGAUAAAGGCCGGGGACAAGAUCCUGGCCAUAAACCACACCAGUACCGUGGUGGCGAGUCAAGACACUGUGUUCAAACUGCUGCAGACGUGUGUGGGGAAAGUCGUGCUGGUGGUGCAGCAUCGCGACACUCUGUCUCCCGCUCUGUCCACCAUCGAUUUCCCCGAGACCGACUCGAAUCAUCAUUUCCCUGUUCAACAACCUCCUCCCCCACCUGGCAUGAAAUACCCGUUUGUCGGGGAACCCCCACCAUCACAUGUUCCUAAUAGGGACCCCCCGCCUUACCACCCACCGUUCUCCUCGUAUUUGCCGGACCCCCAGACCAGGGGGGCCCAUGCGGCGGGGGGCAUGUGGGGGGCAAACCAGCAGCAGAGCUCCCAUCCUCGUCCCCAGCCUACUGGUCUACAUCGCAGUGGAGAGGGCAAGAUGAAGUAUAUAAAACUCCGCAAGGGACCAUCUGGACUGGGAUUCACAAUAGUGGGCGGAGCUGGCAGUAGUCAUGGAGACAAGCCCAUCUACGUAAAUCGUGUUCUGGAAGAGGGUGUGGCUGGCCGUGUCCUGUUCCACGGUGACCAGCUGCUUGCCGUUAACGGGAUCAGUUUCGAGGGGGUCACCCACAAAUUUGCUGCCGAUACCCUCAAGCAGCAGAGUCGUCACGGCGACGUGGAACUAACCGUUCUCUCGUUUGAAUGACGUGUUCUUAUUGUGUUAGCAGCAGAUGUUCAUUUAUUUCUUCUCAUUCCCAGUUUAUUUUUGUGUCCUGCAGUUAAAAAAGUUUUAACCCAUCGCAUUCUGGAAUUUGAUUUGUGCGCAUGCGCAGUUUUAGCUAAUUAAUUACUAAUUACCGUGCUCUCGCGCUAAGUGUUGCGGCAUUUCAUCACGGAGCGAACCCACAAGUCAUGGUGCUAUCUUUGUCGCUGAGGCUCUUUUCUAGAUAUCUAUCUCUGCUGCUACUGCUCGGAAUAGCUUCGGUGGAAGGAGGACGGAAAGUAUCGUUGGAUGAUUUACCGUCUUUUCAUGCUGAGCUGGAGAAGCUGACUACUGGCAGGAAGGCUGCACGGGCUCCGCAGAUGAAAUGUGACGGAGGAAGUGCUGGUUGUGGGUGGCCCAUCCAGCCCAAGGCAGUCGAGUGCGUCAACCUAGCAACCACACAUCCAACUGCCAGUUCCAAAUCUACUACUGGCUGGCAAUGCAAACAGCUGCAGGUGAUGAGUCCACAUUUCAAGAUGACAAAUAUCCGUGUAUCGUGUGAAGGCUACGAAAGCCAGGAGGACCUCAAUAUAUUACAGGGAUCGUGUGGAGUAGAGUACAAACUAGACGUGGCCGUGGGUGGAAACAGCUCUGGCUACACGGAAGCCAUCUACUACACCAGACACCACGGGUUUCCUUCUUGGAGGUGGUCCAGUGCCGCAGCACUCGUGGUGACACUUGUGACCACCGCUUCCAUCAUCUACGGACUUCUAACUGGCAGCUCGCCCGCUGGUGGAAAAGACAAGGCACACUGAUUGAACAAGGCAUUGUGGAGAGCAUAUGAACAGAUCACAUGACAAAAGACACCAAUCAACAGCACAGCAGAAAUCUCCAAAAAAACAACAGCAGAAUCAUUCCAUCUUUUUUUCCACUGGUUAUAUACGAUUAUUACAAUUAUACACAUACAGUUAAUACGUAGUUUAUUAGUACACAGUUGCACUCUUGAAGUAGGCCAGCAAACAGCCGGCCAUGUUCAAAUCCUCCUGGAGCUGUUGCCAUGACGAUGCCUGUGU